AUGAAUGUCUUUGACUGGGCUGCCGACGAGAUUCGCUCGAGCACUCUCCUCUGCCACCUCGUUGAGCAUCAACCCAUCCUCGCGCACCUUCGCUGGAAUACCGGUGUCGGUAUGGACCUCGUGCGUGCAGGAUUGAGAGUUGUUGUCGUAGGCUUCACAGGUGCACUUCUCGCCCUCGUAGGCAUCACCGUGAGCCUCUUGUCGAGUCUACUUCUUUACCCCCGGGACGCAGAAAAACAUCCACGGCUCGACAACCUGCGUCGCCGUGCAGACCACCCUGUCCGAGCCGCUUCUGAUAUUUUACAACACUCUGAAAUCGCCCCUCAAAAUUCGCUUUCACCCCCUCAAAAUUUUGGAUUGACUCCUGCUCAGCUUACUAGUUCCCCUUCGCCAGUUGAUAUACCGGCUUCUUCUAGACGACACAACGCUGCACCAACCCCAGGAUCAGAAGCUUCUUCGCACGCAUCGUCGUCUUUCCAAGAAUUCCCCUUUCCGCAACAACCUUCCUUGCCGGUGGUCCCUGCAGAGAAGAAAUCGCGGAAACGUUGCCCUCCUACCCCCAUCCGUGCGCUGUCAUUAAUGUCGUCGUGUGCCGAACACUUUCACCAUACCGAGGCCGGGCCAUCGACCCCUCCGCUCGCCAAAGUCCAAAGUGUGCCCCUCGCAGACCUCAAGGAGAGGGUGCUGGAUUGCUGUCCUGUACGGCAACACAGUCUUCCGACACACACCGAAGCUCAGUUCAUUCCACGGACUAAUCCGUACGCGGCGCCCUAUUUCUUUCCUACUCCGGCUUCUCCCGAGGCGGUCGAUUACGUGCAGCAAGUACGACGCAGUCGCGCGACAGGUCAUCCACCCGCUAGCCGCCCAAAUUCUAGUCAUCAAGAUGACGCCACGGUCGUAGAGAGUCCGCGCUCACGUACGAUUGCAUUACCUUCCCCCCCUGCUGCUGACGCCCCAUCCGCUCAACCUGGCCCGGAUUUUGAUGAGGUCGGCUCGUCGCCCCGGGCAAAGGGCAAGCGGCGCUGGUCAUGGCACAAUCCGCCUGCCCACCUGAGUCCGCGGUGGCGGUCGUCGUCUAAGAUACCACGCACGCAGACAUCAGAAAGCGCACCUGCGGCUCACGAGACUCCUUCGUCUCCCGGGCGGUCCCCGCCAAAGGGCAAACUUUUGAAGUCUCGCAGCGGCUCAUCACAUCAGCCCAACGGAGCCGCAUCGCCGCCGCCGUCGAAUGGCAACUCCGAUGUACGAGCGAUAUCUUCGCCGCCUAUGUCAGCGCCGCCCACCCCUUCCCUACCCAACCACGCGGAUACGUCCCGCAAACAUUCAUGGCGUACCCGGCUCAGCCACCGGCGGACGUCCUCUAAUUCCUCUGCAGGCACUGCAGAAAUGCACGAGCCACGCACCUCUUCCCGUUUGAAAAAGGCACUAAAGUAA